CAUGUUGAAUGUGCGAGACUAAAAAAGAGUAGGACUGGAACUAGCCUCGUACUGGUGCGUUUGGAAAAAGCCCGGGAAGAUGGUUCAAGAUGGCGGUAGUGACGAGAUCCAUAGAAGAAGUCAACAAACUAGCUGAUGCUGCUAGUCUCGUCAAUAGGACAGGCCCUGUACAGGUGCUGCAUUUCUCUGUGAAUCCCAACUCUGAUGAGUACAAACUAUUAGAGCUGCCAAGAAGUAUACUGGAGACCCUUGAUGUUGGAAAUAGUGUGGCUAUAAGAGGGGAUCACCAAGAUGAAGCUGUCUUGUGUUCGGAUAAAGCAACAUUUGAUCUGAGAGUGGCUGAGACUUCUAAUUCUCUGUUGUUAGUACCGCACUGUUCCUUGCCCAAGGAUGAAGAUUUCAAAUCUGAAGUCUCUCCAUUGGUUCACAGAGAGGUUUCUAGUUGUCACACCAUGUACUUUGAAGUAAAACAAUGCAGGCCACGUUUGGAAAAAGUCAAGUAUCUGCUAAAUGAAAAUCCUUACAAGGGAUCAGAAAAUGACCUGAAUCCUGAAGAUCAGUCUGAAGGAUCUCUUACGAACAGGCCAAGUCUGUACUCUCUUUUGGACUUACUUUCCAAAGUGCAAGCAAGUGAAACAGAGCUUCUUGAAGCCUUAAGGAAAAUCGAGGCUCUAGAAAUUGAUGGACACUGGCGGCUACUUGAUACAGAUUACAAGGAGAAGGUGGUGGUUAGGAUUCUGACUUUACUUGAAGAGAUGGACUGGAGUUACGAAGCAGUACCAAUGAAGGAAUGCUGUGAUAUAUUGGAGGAACUUGAGCCAAGGUGUGUCACUGAGAAAACAGUGCAAUGUGAUGGUCAAAUCCCGGGAAGAUGGUUCAAGAUGGCGGUAGUGACGAGAUCCAUAGAAGAAGUCAACAAACUAGCUGAUGCUGCUAGUCUCGUCAAUAGGACAGGCCCUGUACAGGUGCUGCAUUUCUCUGUGAAUCCCAACUCUGAUGAGUACAAACUAUUAGAGCUGCCAAGAAGUAUACUGGAGACCCUUGAUGUUGGAAAUAGUGUGGCUAUAAGAGGGGAUCACCAAGAUGAAGCUGUCUUGUGUUCGGAUAAAGCAACAUUUGAUCUGAGAGUGGCUGAGACUUCUAAUUCUCUGUUGUUAGUACCGCACUGUUCCUUGCCCAAGGAUGAAGAUUUCAAAUCUGAAGUCUCUCCAUUGGUUCACAGAGAGGUUUCUAGUUGUCACACCAUGUACUUUGAAGUAAAACAAUGCAGGCCACGUUUGGAAAAACUCAAGUAUCUGCUAAAUGAAAAUCCGUACAAGGGAUCAGAAAAUGACCUGAAUCCUGAAGAUCAGUCUGAAGGAUCUCUUACAAAGAGGCCAAGUCUGUACUCUCUUUUGGACUUACUUUCCAAAGUGCAAGCAAGUGAAACAGAGCUUCUUGAGGCCUUAAAGAAAAUUGAGGCUCUAGAAAUUGAUGGAUACUGGCGGCUACUUGAUACAGAUUACAAGGAGAAGGUGGUGGUUAGGAUUCUGACUUUACUUGAAGAGAUGGACUGGAGUUAUGAAGCAGUACCAAUGAAGGAAUGCUGUGAUAUAUUGGAGGAACUUGAGCCAAGAAAUAUUCUGGAACACUGUCUUAAUUGUUAUGGUGAAGUAAAAGAGAUGGAUAUUGAUUCAGGUGACAGCAUCAUUCACUACAGACUCUCAGAAGACAAGAUUUGCAGGUUUUAUGCUGAGUACCUUUUAAGACAAGCAGGAAGGUUCAAUUACCAUGAAUUUAUGGAUUCCUGGCAACAAAGUGUUCCAGAGGGAAUGACCACAAAGUCUGAACAUUUAGCUGNAUGCUAUGGAGCAGGGUUUUUUAUGAUACCAGGCAAUGGAAAUGUACCAGUGAAAUUGAAAUAUGUUUCUUUCAUCAACAGGUUCAUGAAACUGUUUAAAGUACAAUCCAAGUGGACAUUUGAUGAGAUACAGCCUUAUAUUAGAGAUCUAGAGGCACCUGGGCAAUCACUGAAUGCUCUUUUAAUGAAGUUUGCACGGUCAUCGACAGAUGUGACAGGAGUGAAGGUCUACAACUCCAAAAAACCCACAUGAGGAUGUUUUGAACCAGAGCUUCACUGUGCAGUUAAUAUUGAAGCAGUACAGUUAUCCGAACUGAGAAUACUUAGGAGCUGAAGCAAUAUCUGAGAGACAUCUUGGCACAUUGGAAAUUAUCAUGAGUGAAUGAACCAACUGGCAGUUCAUUUUCAACUUGCCAACCUUGUAAAUAAUUUGGCACUGGUGUUGUAUAUGUCUUUUUGUGAGGAUUUGCAAUGCAGAGGGCCU